GAGGGGCGGAGAUAAGCGAGUGACUGCAUAAAGAAAACUUUGUUAGCACGACGCUAACUUAAUUGUUUUUGCAGCGAUGUAAAUUGGCUGAAGCAGCGUCACAGAAAUCCUCGGAGAGAUGGCGUGUACUGGAGACGAUGGAGACCUGUGCCAGUGGCCCAGUUCGGAAAGCACCACAACGUUCAGAUACGUGACAGAACAGACAUGGGAUAAGAUGCUGAUGACAAGCAGGAGUGUCCUGAAAGAACGAGUGCAACAGUUUGUGGAAGAGAGGAUGCAAACCACCAUGCUCACAGGUGUACUGAUUGGAGCUGCAUUUGCAGUCAUACUGAUUGGGAUUGUGGUGUUCUUCCUCUACAGAAAAUUCAAACUUGCUCGUGAACAGCAGCCUGGUGUGCCUCGGUAUCGCUUCAGAAAACGAGAUAAAGUGCUCUUCUAUGGAAGGAAGAUAAUGCGAAAGGUCCAAACACUUUCCUCUACUCCCCCUUCCUCCAAUUCAGUAUCAAAGCAGCGCAUACGCAAACGUACCAAAGUUCUGAGCAUUGCUCGCAAAAUUCUGAGGAUUCGCAAAGACCCUCCCACCCUGCAGCAUAAGGAACCCCCUCCAUCCCUGCUAGAGGCAGACUUAACAGAGUUUGAUGUGCAGAGCUCCAACCUUCCAUCAGAGGUUCUUUAUAUGCUGAAAAAUGUCAGGGUCUUGGGUCAUUUUGAGAAGCCUCUGUUUCUGGAGCUUUGCCGCCACAUGGUGUUUAUUGAGCUGCAGGAGGGAGAAGUCAUGUUCAGGCCGGGAGAUGAUGAUGACAGCAUAUAUGUGGUCCAGGAUGGUCGACUAGAACUCUGCAUCCAAGAUAAUGAUGGCACUGAAUCAGUGGUAAAGGAUGUCCUUCCAGGAGACAGCGUCCACAGCCUGCUCAGUAUUCUGGACAUCAUCACUGGAUAUCCAGCUCCAUACAAGACUGUAUCAACACGGGCUGCAACUCGCUCCACCAUCUUGCGUUUACCUGCAUCAGCCUUUGAGUCAGUUUUUAAAAAAUAUCCAGAGACUCUUGUGCGUGUCAUCCAGAUAAUCAUGGUGCGACUCCAGAGAGUGACCUUUCUGGCAUUACAUAACUAUCUGGGCCUAACGACCGAGCUCUUCAAUCCGGAGAGUCAGGCUGUGCCUUUGUCCAAUAUAAACAGCGUGAUGGCUGAGGCGAUGUCUGGAAAAGUGACACGUCGGCUGUACUUCCAGGAUGAGUUGCCUACAGGGUCUACUGACAGCACUUCAGAACCAGAUAGUCUAAAGGAAAGUCCCUCAAACAGCUACAGGAGACUGCGAUCCACCUCCAUACCUCCUGAAAGUGCAGGAAUUGAUCUGAACAUGGCUUGUGAACGAGCUCGAGUGACUAUAGAUGAAGCUCCACAGAGUCCUGUCACCCAGAAAUCUAGUUUGAAGAAAAAUGUGACAAUGCUGCCCACACCAUCUGAAGUGUUGCAUUGUACUGACAAUGGAGGGCAGUCUGAUGCUAUCCAGUUCAGUAAAAGCAACACUAUCCUCCAGGCUGCUAAGAAAGACCUACAGGAAAUCAUCCAGCUGCAGGAUCCAAGUCUGCUUGAGGGCAGAGUCACCCUUCAUCAUGUCAAAGCUGGUUCUGUUGUAGCUCGUCAGGGAGAUCAGGAGGUGAGCAUCCACUUUGUGAUUUCAGGCCUCCUACAUGUUUACCAGCGCAUGAUUGACCGUGAAGAAGACACACGUCUGUUUGUGACACACCCUGGAGAGCUUGUUGGUCAGCUUGCUGUCUUGACCGGGGAGCCCCUCACAUUUACAGUGAAAGCCCAGCGAGACUGCAGCUUCCUCUCAAUUUCCAAAACCCACUUCUACGAGAUAAUGCGAGCGGAGCCAAAAGUAGUCCUGAACGUUGCUCACACGGUGUCCAGGAGGAUGUCCUAUUUUAUCAGACAGAUAGAUUUUGCUCUUGACUGGAUGGCUGUGGAAGCUGGCAGGGCUGUUUACAGGCAGGGAGAAAAAUCGGAUAGUACUUUCAUAGUGCUGAGUGGUCGACUGCGUUCUGUGAUCCUGAAGGAGGACGGCAAGAAGGAGAUGAUUGGAGAGUAUGGGCGUGGGGACCUGAUUGGAGUGGUGGAAGCCCUGACUCAUCAGAACAGAGCCACCACUGUCCAUGCUGUCAGAGAUUCUGAGCUGGCCAAACUACCAGAGGGGGCGCUCGCAUCCAUCAAAAGGAAGUUCCCGCAGGUUGUCACUAGGCUGAUCCAUUUACUUGGUCAGAAGAUUCUCCAGCAGGUCAAUGUCCCUCUUUCAGCACGGAGUUUGGCACUCCACACUCCAGGAAGCAAGUGGGAUGCAGGAAAUCAAGCCUCCAACCUGUCCACUGUGACAGUUCUGCCCGUUUCUGAAGACGUGCCUUUGACUGCCUUCACUCUGGAGCUGCAGCAUGCACUCCAGGCCAUAGGACCCACUCUUCUGCUGACCAGUGACAUCAUCAAACAGAGACUUGGAGCUGCAGCACUAGACAGUGUUCAUGAAUACAGAUUAUCCAGCUGGCUGGGCCAACAAGAAGACAUCCAUCGCAUAGUUCUUUACCAGACUGACUACACACUGACCCCGUGGACCCAGCGGUGCAUCCGUCAGGCUGAUUGCAUCAUAAUUGUGGGAGUUGGGGAGCAGGACCCUGCUGUUGGGGAGUUGGAGCGCAUGUUGGAAGGAAGCGCAGUGCGAGCCCAGAAGCAGCUGGUUCUGUUGCACAGAGAAGACGGGCCGCCGCCCCAAGGGACCGUGCACUGGCUCAACAUGCGAAGCUGGAUCUCCAGACACCUCCACCUCUCCUGUCCCCGAAGAGUCUUCUCUAAAAGGAGCCUCCCCAAGCUGCUGGAACUGUACCAAAGAGUGUUUGAGAAGCCAGCAGACCGCCACUCUGACUUUUCCCGUUUGGCUCGCAUUCUCACAGGCAACGCCAUUGCUCUUGUUCUCGGAGGAGGAGGGGCCAGGGGUUGCUCCCAGGUGGGAAUCAUGCGAGCGCUUUGUGAGGCGGGCAUCCCGGUGGACCUAAUUGGUGGUACUUCAGUGGGUGCCCUGAUGGGGGCGCUAUAUGCUGAGGACCGCAGCCACAGCCGCAUGAGGAUCAGGGCCAGGGAGUGGGCAAUGGAAAUGACAUCCAAGUUCAGGAAAGCUCUGGAUUUCACAUAUCCAUACGCCUCCAUGUUUACCGGUGCUGCUUUCAACUCCGGCAUCAGCAACGUGUUCAACAGCAAACAGAUUGAGGACUUGUGGAUCACAUACUUCAACAUUACUACUGACAUCACUGCAUCAGCUAUGAGAGUACACACUGAUGGCUCUUUGUGGCGUUAUGUCCGUGCCAGCAUGUCUCUGUCGGGCUAUCUGCCGCCUCUCUGUGAUCCCAAAGAUGGGCAUCAGCUGAUGGAUGGAGGCUACAUCAACAACCUGCCUGCUGAUGUGGCGCGCUCCAUGGGGGCCAAAGUGGUGAUUGCUAUUGACGUGGGCAGUCGGGAUGAAACCAACCUCACUAAUUACGGCGACGCUCUCUCGGGCUGGUGGGUGCUAUGGAAACGCUUCAACCCCCUGGCUGAGAAAGUGAAGGUGUUGAACAUCGCAGAGAUUCAGUCUCGGCUGGCCUACGUGUGCUGUGUGAGGCACCUGGAGUCUGUGAAGAACAGCGACUACUGCGAGUACAUCAGGCCUCCGAUUGACAGAUACCGCACUCUGGAGUUUGACAAGUUUGACGAGAUCACUGAAGUGGGAUACCAGCAUGGCAAGACUGUGUUUGACGUGUGGAGUCGCAGCGGUGUAGUGGAAAAAAUGUUGAAAGACAGACACCAAGAGGAUUUCCACAACAUCCAAAGGAAGAGCAAUGUGUUGACAUGUCCCAAUGCUUCCUUCACUGACCUUGCAGAAAUUGUGUCGCGCAUCGAGCCCGUCAAACCUGCACUGAUAGAUGAGGGGUCAGAGUACCACACUGACUACGAAGAGGAGGCAUUGGAGAGUGCCCUCUCUGACAUGGAGAUGUACAGUCACUAUGGAGAGCACACUGAAGGAGAGGAAACGCCUGACACGGAUGAGGAGCUAGAGGGAAGAGAUACACCCCUUGUUACUUUACUGAACAAUGGCCACCCUCCACCUGCCCCUGCCAGUCCAUCGGAGGAGCUGACAAACCAAGUCCCUUCCAAACAGUCCAUUAAGUGAUGGGUGCUCUAAUAAACUCUGUCUGAACAGGUCAACACACUUAACCCCACUUUUCUGUGCCACAGUUUUACCCUCCAAUCUGCCCCUGAUGACUCCACCUGUUUAUCUACUCCUGGGUGCAGUCAGUGACCUCUCCAGCCUUGUUAGCUGUGGAACAAACAAAAUGCAUCCAGCACUUUUCUGUUUGUCGUUCAUCAAGAAGCUGCAAGUUAUUAUUUCUCAUAUUGAGAUUGUUGAGAUAACUUCCUUAAGCUUCAUAUAAAACACUUGUCUGUUUGAAGAGAUGACAAGAAAUCUGUUGUUAAACCAAAGAUUAGGAGAAAUCUCGACACACUCCUGUCUGCAACUGCAGCGCAGAAAAUCCAAAAGAAUUAAUUGGAAAUUAAAGUGAAU